GUUUAACUAAGAUUUGUUACAUCGUCCAAGAUCAUUCUCUCAAUACUUCUUUACAAAGCGCUGGAGUCGGAUACGGUUUGCUUCUAUUGCUGGUUUUCAUACAUCGACAUGGCGUUUUGAAAUCCGUACUGACAGUCUUUUUUGCUUGUGACGACGACAUGAUUACAACAGCCGACCUACGUUCACAUCCACAUACGCAUCAACAUUCACACGAUAUACUACGCGCACACAUACCACCUACCUAUGGCAUCCUUCGCCGCGCAGGCCGAUGCGAUUCGGUCUGCCAUUGUGUCAGUAUCGACAUGCACGCCUGCUACAUCUGCCGCCUUGAAAGAGUUGCUCCACGGAAGACAAGACCACGAUGAAUCCUCGAAACCCACCCUCAAACCCUCACGAAAACCCGCCCAGUCUACCGCCAAGACAAAACCUUCAACAGCCAAGAAGCCCGUCAAAGGUGCAGGAGACGCGUGUAAUAGCUCCAGUGACAUGAGCCCGAAAGAGAAAGCGGUUCUUGCCACGCAUGUUGUGAAUGCUGCACUGAAAGCUUUAGCAACUGCCGCAAAGACGCCGCCGCCGUCGAGCCGAGUACAGUCACCAUCAAAGGGCGGCGCAGCCAAAUCCGCGGCUCGAACUCGCCUUCGGAGAUCAGCCUCGGUGCCAAUGACUCCCCUACAGCCGCGAUCUCUCAAUCGAGUUGAGACAUCUCCUGUUACAACGAAGACGAGCUUGUUGCAGUCAACACCUGCUUCAACGGGAUGUUUAGCCCUUGUAGAAUGCGCCCGAGUAUCCUUCGCAACCCUCCGGAGUUUACAAGCUUCUGGCGCAGUCACACUCCCUGAUUUUCAGCUUGAAUCUGGAAUGUCUUCCCUCAUCACUAAACUCAUUGCGCUUAGGUUGUUUGAUCACGCAGUCAGGGAGCUGCGAAUAUUGAAAAGGCGGUUAGAGGGCAUGGCACUCGCGUACGAAAACAAGAAGAGCAGCGCAUCAAUGAAAGGCACCACUACAGCGCCUCAGACUCUUUCAGAUCUAUUAGACUACCCCGAUGGCCCCUAUUCAAAACCUCUUCUUGGUUUCAUCGCCACCGCUCAAUUACACGCCCUUCGAAUCAUGUACGAGCUGAACAAGACAACGCAUCUUGAAGCGACAUUACCCUUCUUGCGGCCACUUAAUUCAUCAUCACCCCUGAAACUACUUUUGCUGUGCGCGGAAGGCGAGAAGUCCGAACGCGCAAAGGUAGCAAAACAACUGGAUACCUUAUCCCAACUUCUACUGUCUAUGGCCCCGAGCUUGGCUUCGAAGGACGAUAGCAUCGCUCUAGAGCCGAGGUUGAGCCCUUCUCCCGAAACAGCACUUGAAAUACAGACUUUGGGCUUGAUUGCCCGAAUGGAAUCAUGGAAUUGCUCUGUCCACAAAGGCGAUACUGACAAAGAGAUACUGCUGCCUCUCGCCAAGUGCUUACAGGCUUUCUUGAGAAGGACAUCACCGGAGCAGAGCCCAAGACUCGUGGCUGCCUUUAACCAGAUUUGGGAGAAGGUGGAAAUGUUCGAGUUACAGGUUCCAAACUCUUCAAAUAGCUCUCUUGCUUCCAUUUAUCAAUUAUUCGCCAAGGGUUUCCAAGAAGCCGGAAAUCCGAAAGAGGCCAAGAAAUGGACGUCCAAGUGGCGGGGAUUCUCGAAAUCAGAACAAGAGUCCGCUGCUAAAUGUUGUGCCGUCGAUGCUCAAUUACUUACUUUAUCACUGCAAGAUUCAUCUACAGCAGAUAGGAACUUAGUGAUGCAAGUGUUAGAUGGCAUGCAGCAGCCUCUAAGCGGCAGUAUUGUGGAAUUAGAUGAUCUUCUCGUCACUCUUUGUGGUCUCCGAAAGACUGCUUUCAGCAUCAUUAAUAAGGAGUCCUCUUGCGAUACUGAACAAGGCCCAAACAGUUGUCGAGAUCUUCUGGAGAAGUUCAUAGCUCAAAUACCUCGCUUUGCUCUGAGAUGGCUAGGCCGCCCACCAGAGUCGAAAGGCUCAACCAAAGACUUGCUUCGAUUUGAACAACGACGACAGCUCUUGUCAAAGUACCUACGCCAGCUUCUAGAUUCAGCUUUGUUCCUUAAUAAAACCCAAUUGGACGAAGGGAGGUGGACAUGGGAAACAUUAGAUCCUCUGUUGCAGGACAUUUUAACAUUGUUGGAUUAUAUGGGUGACCUUGGACAGUUAUCGAAAGGAAACCCAUCAUCUUCAUAUCACGUUAAGGUUUCGCAUCUUUAUUACCAAUCACAUUUAGCGCUUCGCGACUCCAGGGCAACCGGCGAUGAGGGUACGUCGCUCCGAGCUCUCAAAAGAUCUAUCGACAGCGUGCGAUCACAACCCGAACCCGAGCAGACCCGUGCCCAGCUGUUAAGUAAAUGGGAAGCCUUGGUUGAGUUGUGCAAAUUCUCUAACCGGAAGGAUGACGCUAUCCAUGCAUUGCGUUCAAUAAGAGACCACUUGGUUCGUUGCGACACAGUUCAGACUAUUACAACGAGCCUAGCAAGCCAACCAGUCAGGCAGUCGUGGAAGAUCAGCCCUGAAACAGAACUACUCUCUCGUUCCGUCUGUAACCUGGCAAAAUUGGAACGAAGGCCGAACGAUUGGACUUGGUUGCUUACAGGCAAAGACAAAGCGACUGCACUGGAACACGAUCUAAACUUCAUCCUUACCAAUGAAAAUAAGAACCAGUAUAGGAUAGACAUGUCAGAUACGAUCGUUUCCAGCCUCUUGCAGUUCUAUUCUCUUGAGAACUAUCCUAUCAGACGACUCCGUUCUUUGCUUCUACUACUUAUGAGUAGUAUAGACUCACGAGAACAAGUAAAUAAGCUGCGAGUCGAAGCCGAGGAAGCUUCAGCAAAGCUCCAAGACGGGUGUCUAGAGAGCGAUUCGUCUCUUGCGCGCUAUGUUCCAUACCUAUGCCAACUCACCGUGUGUGUCCUUGGGAUCACCUGCGGCGAAUUUGCACCAUCCGAAUUAGACGAAGUUAUAUCAACCUGGAAAUCGAUGGCAGCUAGCUGUCAAUCAGUCAAGCAAUUAUCUCAGCAUGUCGACGAUCCACAACAGCUCCUUCAGACGCUUCAAUCCUUGGCAGAUCUCGCAAGAAUGAAGGGACAUCAGAGUCUUCUCACGAACAUCGUUGAACUCUCCACCAUGGUUUCCCAACUAACUACUGAGGACAAUAUCGAGACACAUAUAGUGCAGAGCUCUAACCUUUGCUUAAACUACCUCCACCUCAGUCAUUCCGUCAAAGCCGAGAAGGCUUUGAGAGUUGUUAUGGAAAGUGUGACUUUACCCCAGAUAUCGAAUGACGUUGUCUCUUAUUUCCAUCUAUCUGCGGCGGAGUAUCACCUCACGAUUGGGAAUUUCGAUGAGGCCGAGAGACAUCUAGAAAAUGCCCGCAAUGUAGCUCUUGCCUCUUCCACAAGUCAACCUCGGAAACGAAACACUCUAAUCAACCGCAAAAUCACUACAGCAUAUGCUUCAUUCUUGUCCGCAGGUUUGUACCUAGAACGAGGCGAGAACCACCGGGCCCUGAAACUUGCUAAGACAGCUGUCAAGGUCUUAUUCCAUGACUGGUCACAGCUAGAACAAUAUAGGGCCACUUCAACAGAUGAAAGCAUAGGGGAUCUUUCACGAACUGACCCGUCCAAUGAGGAUUCCAGUCUCGAUAAUUCUCGCAUGUCCGAACUUGACGUUUCCAGGGCAAACACUGGACCAGAGUUUUGGGCGCUUGUCCACCCAUUAUACCGCUAUACUUGUCGACUUGCCUCGGUUUAUGAACAUCUUGGCAUGUACCAAGAAACACUCUAUUACGCGGAGCAAGCCCAGAAGAUUGCGAAGAGUAUGGGCUCUUCGGUCUAUAGCGCUCAGGCUACCACGUAUCUCGCGUCCGUUUCGCUGACAGCUGAAAAUGUGCCGAGAUCAUUAGAGCUAGUAGCCGAGGUCAAGCCGGAUCUUCUUUCCUCGGAGCCAACCUACCAAGCAGUGAUUACCCUAUGCAGGGCCGCUUCCGUCUAUCAAAAAGCAGAAGAAGUACGCAUUGAGCAGGAAUUCCUCAAGAAAGCGGAAUCAAUGGUACAGGCCUUAAAGGGCAAGUUUCUUCCUCAGAAAGACACGGUCAUAGACCAUUUAGAAGCCGAAUCAACGCAAAUUCCCAUCAAAACAAGCUUACCAGUAAGAUCCAAGGGGCGAGGGCGCAUCGCUGCGAAGCCAGCGCCGGCACCAAAGAAAACUGCUGCCAACAAGACUACUACCAAAGCAAUGGUUGCGCCGGUGAAACCAACAGCUCAGACUAGCGAAGAAGAUUCUCAGCUCACAUCAUUAGAAACAUCGGUGCUCCAUUCACGUUCUCUCGCACUUAUCGAAAAGAAAGAAUGGGCAGCAGCCAUCUCAACACUGCAAAGCUCAACACAACUAUCUAAUUUAUCCCGAGAUCUUUCAAAGAAGCAUUUCUUGCUUGGAAUCAGUCUUAUGGGCCAGAGUUUAGCAAAAAUGGGUAGUGAUUCGGUGUUCUCUCUCAUCCAAGACUCUACACUCUCGUUUCCUUCAGUAGCUAUAACCGCGAAGGAUAAGAACCCUCACGGUCAAUCACUUAUGAAACGAGCCUCGCCGAUUCGCACACCUCGGCUAGCCUUGCAAGGUACGCAAGACUUCGUAGCAAACUUACAUGAUGCUCAAGAGCACCUAUUAGAAGCUCACGCGAUAGCAACACACAAUGGUGACAGCUUCCUGGUUCACCGAGUCGCAGCAGCGUUGCAGAACGUCGUAGUCCUGUUGUCGAAUACCAGCUCGGCCGGUAGCUGUGCAAGUCAUCCUGCAUAUGCCACCUGUUCCAUUGAACUAGCACGGAACUUAACGUGGCGCCGCGAGCGAAAGGCGAAUGGCUACGACGCAUCGAAAGAUACCAAAGAAGCCUGGCCAAUGGCUAUUGAGAGUCCCGAUUCAAGGCGGACUAGUCUUGGAUUCUCUAUUGACAUGAAUCGAUUUCAGAGAGAAUAUGUCGAUAUUAUUCCCGACACCUGGAACGUCGUAUCACUAUCCCUGAACGAGGCCACAACAGAAUUGUGUGUUACCAAGCUACAGGCAGGGUUCAGUCCUUUUGCAUUACGCCUACCUCUCGACCGAGCGUCCUCGAGGGAUGUCGACAACGACGUGUUCGAUUUUCCACAAGGGCGUUCUGAGCUUCUCGAACUCAUACGACAAGCAAACCAGACCUGCCACGAUGCUCGAGACAUGAGCCAGAAAGAAGCAAAGGAGGCAUGGUGGGCUCAGCGCGAGGAACUGGACGAUCGCCUCAGGCAGCUUCUCGAGACCAUUGAGUCAAUGUGGCUAGGCGGGUUCAAAGGCAUUUUUUCUCAACACCACAAGCGUACCAACUUCCUUGCGAGAUUCCAAAAGACUUUUCAGGUCAUCCUUGAGAAACACUUGCCAUCUAGACAGCAAUCUGGCGGUAUGAAAAGGAAGAAAAAUACACCCAGGGUGAACCUUGACCCUCGAAUCUUGGAACUGUUUGUUGGCUUGGGUGACGCUACGGUGCCAGACUGCGACAUGGAUGAGCCACUAAUGGACUUAUUGUACUUCGUUGUAGACGUUCUACAGUUCCAUGGUGAACCUAAUCCCUACGACGAGAUUGACUUCGACGCAAUGGUUGUUGAUACCUUUGAUGCAUUACAUGCAUAUCACUCGGCGAUAAAGGAGACAAAGAAAUCCCAGAAGGAAACACACACAAUUCUCGUCCUCGACAAAUCUCUACACGUCUUUCCCUGGGAAUCUCUGCCUUGUCUACAAGGUCUCGCCGUCUCACGUGUCCCAUCCCUCGACUAUUUACGUCGCUCUAUCUUGGAAGCAAAGGCUUCUUCGACUCAGCAAGAUUCCGCUGAAUCAGACUCGGACGGGUCCAACAACUCUACUUCCUCAUCUUACACAGGCCACCAUGUCUCAAUCAACUCGGGGACAUACAUCCUCAACCCGAGCACAGACCUAACAAAUACCCAGGCAACUUUUGGCCGAGCACUCUCCUCGCUACCCCCAGCUUGGGACAGCAUCGAAGCACGUGCGCCAACGGAGGCCGAGUUCGAAGCAGGGCUCACGAACAAAGACAUCAUGCUGUACUUUGGCCACGGCUCAGGCGCACAGUAUAUCCGCGGGCGCACGGUCCGGCAGCUCGAGAAAUGCCGCGCCGUCGCCCUGCUCAUGGGUUGCAGUUCCGCCUCGCUCACCCACGUCGGGCAGUUCGAGCCCUACGGCCCUGUCCGCGACUACAUGUUAUCAGGCUCGCCCGCCGUCGUCGGCACUCUCUGGGACGUCACGGACCGCGACAUCGACCGCUUCGCGGGCGCCGUGUUCGAGGAAUGGGGCUUGUUCCCGCGAGGUACCUUUACGGAGGACGCUGCCACUCCUUACCCGAAAACCCCGGGCAAAGGGAAAGGGAAAGCGUCUGCGCAGAGGAGGAGGAAAGCCGUCGCUGCUGCCCCCGAGGGAAAGUGUGGGACUGCUAGUCUGGUCGAGGCCGUCGCGAAGGCAAGGACUGAAGCGUGUCGGUUCAAGUAUCUGACGGCGGCGGCGGUGUGCGUAUAUGGUAUCCCUGUUUACAUCAGCAAGUGAAGGAAACGGGUGAACAUACUAUCUACAUGCCAAAUUCAACCCGAACCAAACCAACCCUAAUCCAUUAUGUGUAGCGGAAUACAUCAGCUAGAUCAGCGCACGAAUGAUUUCCCGUACACACACUGACCGAAAUAUCUUUGCAUGGCGAAGGAGUUUUACAUAUUUCUCUUCUCCCCCCUUCCUCCUCUCUGGGAAGAAAUACCGCUUCAGUAAUUGAAUAGCGACGCGGCAAGGGUUAAGAUUAAGGCGCAGAAAAGGAAAGGAAAGGAAUUGCACCUGUAUGAAUUGUACUUGUUUGUCUCGUUUGAUUGCAAUAUGUUAUAUACCUCUCUGGUUUUUCUGUUCAUGUACAUACACAGUGCCUAGGUUAGGCCAAGUCAAGUUUAAUGAAUCGCUUGCUCUCUUGUUUUGCGCAAGCGAAAUAUGACAUAUACUGAUAGAC